GGGAGUAUGUUAUUUUUAUUGGUAGUAGAAUUUGCCUUUUUUCAAAGUACUACGUAUCUAUUAAUAGUAUAUCAAGAGUCUGUUUUUCCCGUGAAGAGAAUUGAGUGACACAGAUAUUGACCACUUGACCAGUGACGACCCAUCGAAACCCACUCCACCUGCUCAGCAACAACAGCUCACUGUCGCCUCACUCCACUACACGAUGCCUCACCGUCUUCCACCGCUUCCAACGGUACAGCAGUCGCCGCCUCCGCCGUCUACAGCCACUGCUCGACCAAAGCCAGGGAAGCCCAAUGCCCUCCGUCGAGCAGCGCUCUUGCCGACGCUCUUUUUUCGCCUCUUCCUUCUCCAAGCUCAUUGCUAUUUCGGAACAGCUAUCCCCGGCGAUAACACAUCUGCAGCACCGGUCACCGCCUCUUCGCUUCCGUCCGACGCCGUUGCUCUGCUGAUGUUCAAAUCCAAAGCGGACCUUAACAACACGCUUCUGUACAUGCUCAACGAGCGGUUUGACUACUGUGAAUGGCAAGGGGUGAAAUGCGUUCAGGGCCGGGUGGUCCGGCUCGUCCUCCAAGGUUUUGGUCUCGCCGGAGUCUUCGCCGCCGAUACGCUCAGCCGGCUUGACCAGCUCCGGAUUCUGAGCCUGAAGAAUAACUCACUCUCCGGCAAUGUCCCUGACCUGGCAGGACUACUAAACCUCAAGACCCUGUUCCUGAACCAUAACUACUUCUCCGGAACCUUCCCUCCUUCCCUGCUCUCUCUUCACGGCGUAACAAUUCUCGAUCUAGCUCAUAACAACUUCUCUGGUCCAGUCCCCGACGGAGUACUGUUACUCGACCGGUUGAACUACCUCCGCCUCGAUAAUAACCGGUUUAGCGGCUCUAUUCCGCCGUUGAACCAGUCGGAACUCAGAGUAUUCAACGUCUCCAGAAACAACCUCACCGGCCCGAUUCCUGUAACCCCGGUUCUAUCCAGGUUCACCGUUUCCUCAUUCUCAUCCAACCCUAAUCUCUGCGGCUCCAUUGUCGGGAAACCUUGCGAAGCUUCUCGAUUCUUCCACUCCCCACCUGCUACCGUACCGCCGCCCAUACCACUCCACCAGGAGAAUCAGCCGCCUGGACUCCUCCCGCCACCUGUUACACGCCGGCACAAGAAAACUGGCAUUAUUCUGUGUUUCGUCGUCGGAGUCCUAUUCCUAAUUGCAGCAAUUGUGUCAUUUUUCACUUUAAUUAGAAGGCGGAGGGGCGAAAUGGAGCCGAAAUCCACAAAAGUGGCCUCCGAUACCAGCAACUAUGACGCGGAAGAUGUCAGGAGCUCAUCUCAUGACGGAAACCGCGAAGAAGCCGAGCAGAAGAAAAUUCAACCUCCACAACGGCCGCAACCGCCGCUGAAGAGCGGAAAUCUCGUGUUCUGUCCAGGCGAGGCAGAGCUGUACUCUUUGGAGCAGCUUAUGAGAGCUUCCGCCGAGCUGCUCGGAAGGGGCACGAUUGGGACGACGUACAAGGCGGUGAUGGGUAAUCAGGCUGUUGUCUCCGUCAAACGACUGGACGCCGGAAAAACUUCCAUAACAAGCGCCGAGGAAUUUGUGCAGCAUAUGGAAACCGUUGGAGCUCUCCGGCAUCCUAAUUUGGUACAUGUUAGGGCUUACUUCCAGGCCAAACAAGAAAGGCUAAUCAUCUAUGAAUAUCAACAAAACGGCAGCCUCUUCAAUCUCAUUCACGGUUCGAGAUCGAAAAGGUCAAAGGCCCUUCACUUGACAUCGUGUCUAAAAAUUGCAGAAGAUGUUGCUCAAGGGCUCGCCUACAUCCACCAAGCAUCCAUGCUGACUCAUGGCAACUUGAAAUCCACGAAUGUCCUACUUGCUUCGGACUUGGAAGCAUGCCUAGUAGAUCACUGUAUCAUAACAUUAGCAGACGUUUCUCCCAGCGAUGACCCGGACUCAGUGCGCUAUAAAGCCCCUGAGGCACGUAAGUCUUCACGGCGUGCCACCUCAGCUUCCGACGUCUACUCUUAUGGCAUCCUCUUAUUGGAGCUUUUGUCAGGUAAACAUCCUUCCCAGCAGCCUUUCCUUGCCCCCUCUGAUAUGUCGGAAUGGGUAAGAGCCAUGAGGGAAGAAGAUGAUGAUGAGGAAGAUAGAUGGCUGGAAAUGCUAGUUGACAUAGCCAGUAUUUGUAGCUUGACAUCCCCAGAACAAAGGCCGACUAUGAGACAAGUGCUGAAAAUGAUCCAUGACAUUAAGGAGUGCAAUGGUUGAGGAUAGAUAUACGUAGUUUAAUUAAUAGGUGUUCACAGAUAUUCGAAUCUUUUUGAGUUUUGAGUCAUUUAUACUAGUACUACGGAACAGACAAAGUUAUGGUCAACUGUAAAUGUCAACAUUGUAACUUAUACAUGUGCCACCUCUGUAUCUCAUUUGAAGAUGAAAUCUAGCAUCGAUUUCCCUCGGGAUAUUCUUUAGAAUUUUUGCAAGUCCA